AUGGGAGAUCCCGGAUGCCUCAGUCUUCCAUGUGAGUUUAGAAACAAUUUGAAGACUUAUGUUUUAGCCGAUUCCGGGGCUCGCAUAAAUUUGAUGCCAUAUUCAUUUUAUCAAAAGCUGAAUAUUCAGAAAAUAAAGGCUACAAAGAUGACCAUACACAUGGCCAAUCAAUCGGUGACUCACCCGAUGGGAAUUGUAGAAGACAUCCUUGUUAAAAUUGGGAAAUUUGUUUUCCUGAUUGACUUUGUGAUUAUGGAUAUGAAGGAGGAUGUUAAUGUCCCAAUAAUUCUUGGUCGUCCUCUACUUAAUACUGCUAUAGCUUUAGUUGAUGUUCGUGAAUCCAAGCUUACAUUGAGGGUUGGUGAUAAUGAGGAGACUUUUGGAAUACAAGAUGGUUUUCAAGGAAAAGAUGUAAAAGGUGAGGUGUUCAAUAUGGAAAAAGAUGAUGAUCUUGAAGAAUUGGAAAAGCUCGUGGAGGAAGAAAUCAAGACAAUUCAUCAAGUCAAACGCACCAAACCAAGAGCAUCUGUAUCGUUUUUCGUUGAAGUCGUUACUUACACAAAACCAACAACUUUGAUGAGUGAGGAAAGCGAUGAUUUGUCGAGUAAUGAAGACGAGGCUGCUUCCAAGGAGACGAGUCCAAUGGAAAUGGCUUCAAGAGGAUCCAAUGAACAAUUUCAAGGGCAUGUGUCAUCUCGCCACAUGUUAUACCGCCUUCCCAUUCACAUGCCAACUCAAGUUUUAACCAACUUCACAAACAAAUUAGGAUGGUUGCACAACAGGGAGUUUGCAGUUUCUCCAAGAAUUGAUUGGGCUAUAUUUGAGGAGGUUGGAUUGAUGUAG